UGUGUAGCCCUGAAAGAGGAGGUGCUUUGUUUCAAGUCAGAUAGUUCCACACUCACACACAUUCCAGCCAUUAUGAGACUAACUCAGUCCACAGAGACAAUGCACAUUUCAGUGAUUUGAGAGUACGGCACGCAAAACCGUAGAGCUAUAGGAUUGCUAUGGAACUGACUCCAUUCGUCUUCAAUCCGAAGGAAGGAGUCGACAAUCCAGCCAUGGUCAUUUCUGAAGAUGUGGAGAAGAUUAGUGGCCCCGUGCCCCAUUUGUGUGUGCUGAAAAGAGAAGAAGGAGAGAAUUUCGGCUUCCAUCUACGCUUGGAGAAAGGACUACCAGGUCAUGUGAUCAGGCAGGUAGAAUUAUUAGGAGUGGCUGAGAAGAGUGGACUCAGGGAUGGGGAUCGACUUCUAGAGGUCAAUGAAAAGUUUGUGGACGACGUUGAUCAUACAGAGGUUGCCCGCAUGAUCCGGGUGACUGGGCCUCAGCUGUGCCUUCUGUUGCUGAGCAGUGAUGAAUACGAGCAGGCCGUGGCUCAGGGCUGGAACCUGAAGGAAUUGUGCAAAGCUCAGCGUGGUGAGGAGUGGAAUCCACCUCGGCUCUGCCACGUCGUCAGAAAUCCUGCGAGCGGCCUAGGCUUUAGUAUCCAUCCUGUGGAGGGUGAGAAAGGAAAGCUCUCUAUAAAUCCAAUAACAGGAGGCCCUGCUGAGAAAGCAGGACUGAGAAAAGGAGACCGUCUCCUUUGGAUUAAUGGCGCCAUGGCUUGUGAACUUACCCAUUCUGCUAUUAACAAGAUGGUGAAGAAAUGCAGUGAUCACAUGACUGUGCUGGUGAUCGACAGCAGGAGCGAGAAGAGCUACAUCCGUAGAAACAUGACUAUUCUGCCGGCUAUGGCUGAAGCUCAGAGCAUGCCAUACAAACCCAAAAGAGUAUAUCUGAAACAGGGGCCAGAUGGCUAUGGCUUCCUGCUUAGGUAUGAAAAGAUGUCAACAGGACGCACAGUUCAUAUGGUGCGGGAGGUGGAUGCUGGCAGUCCUGCAGAAGAGGCAGAUGUUAAGGAUGGAGAGAUUGUGGUGGAGGUGAACGGAGAAUCUGUUGAACAUUUGUCUCAUGACGAAGUUGUCAGCAAAGUCAGAGACAGUGGAAAUCAAGUCAGUUUCACCACCAUGACCCUAGAAAGCCUAGAUUUCUACACGAAGCUGGGUCUUUCUCCCCUGCUGUUCUGUGAAGAUCAUUCUUCUGGGAAGGAGCAGCAGGAAAAGUCGACUCCACAGGAACAGAGUAUAGCGGCUCUGAAGCUGUUAGAAUCCUCGGCUGAAGCCCAGGAAGAGCUGGAAAUAGAGUCCAAACCAAGACUAUGUGUGCUACAGAGAAGUUCUGUGGGAUUCGGCUUCCAUUUGGGUUGGGUCCAACAGAAACCUGGCACAUUUAUCAACCGGGUGGCACCCGGAGGUCCAGGAGAAAGUUCUGGCCUCAAGGAGGGUGACAUCCUGGUGGAGGUGAACGGACAGAACGUAGAGGAGGAGUGUUUAGAAGACGUGAUUUUCCUCAUGAAGAAAGGAGGCAGCUCUCUGUCCUUGCUAGUGAUGGACAGAUCAGGUUAUGAAUGGACGAAAAAGAAUGGAAAGGCCAUCACUGUUGAAAAUGUAGCUGCAAAGGAGGUACAGGAUUGCGAGAGCUCAUCUCCCAUACAGCAGUCAAAUCUCAGCGAGUAGCACAAGUUCCUUCCUGAGGAUUUGAGGGAAUCAAUUCAGAUCCAUGGAACAACAAUGCUGGGAAACGUGUAACAUUGUGGAAGUUUGGAUGACUGUGAUUCCUUUCAAUAAAACUUGCCACUUUUUGUCA